AACAUUAUUAUAACAUAACAUAGUACUUCGGAGUUCAGAUCUAAGUUCAAAGCCUCAAACCAAAAAUCUUUGUCCUCAUUUUUUGUCUCUCUUUCAAUUUUUCAUUUCAGGGUUUUUGGAAUGAGGAGAUACAGUCCUCAAUACUAUAGUCCGCCAAGGAGAGGUUAUGGAGGCAGAGAAAGGAGUCCCCCAAGGAGGAGUUAUGGUGGUGGUGGUGGCGGCGGCGGCGGCGGCGGCGGUGGUGGUGGAGGAGGGUAUGGGAGAAGGAGGGAGCAGAAUAAUGGAAGCCUUUUGGUUAGAAACAUUCCUUUGGAUUGCAGACCUGAAGAACUUCGAAUUCCAUUUGAGAGAUUCGGACUUGUUCGAGAUGUGUAUAUUCCGAAAGAUUACUAUACAGGGGCUCCUCGAGGGUUUGCGUUUGUGCAGUUUGUCGAUUCUUAUGAUGCUGCCGAAGCUCAAUGGCGCAUGAAUGGGAAGAUAUUUGGUGGGAGAGAGAUAUCUGUCGUUGUUGCUGCGGAAUCAAGGAAAAGGCCAGAGGAGAUGCGGCAUAAAGCAAGGCAAAGAGGACCAUCGGGAUACGGGGGACGAUCAUCUUAUUAUGGGCGUUCCCGGUCUCGUUCAGCAUCUCCAACGCGCUCUCCUCGCCGUCCUUCAGGUUCUAGAGGCCGAUAUCGCUCAAGGUCGUACUCCCCUGCUCCAAGACGAAGAGGAAACUAUUCGGUUUCACCAGAUAGAAUGCAUGAAGACCAUCCGAGAUCCCCAAGAGGUCCUCCACAAGAUCGUGGCGGUGAUUACAAUCCCGGAUCAUAUUCUCCAGGAUAUGAAAAUGCUGGUGGAAAUGGCUAUGGCGAGAAGUCUGCAUACGAAUCUGAGGAAGCACCACGGGCUGCACGGAGGCCAUCGCCGCCUGUUAGAGCAUCAAGGUCACCCCCUGGGUCCAGGUCUAGGUCGGCAGACCCAUCACCUAGGCGUAGCCGUUAAAAGCAGUCGAUAAUCGACUGCAGAAGCGGGCUAACCUUAUGGUUUUUAAUAUGGCAUUUAUCAUAUGGUAGAUUUUAUAAUAGUAGGGUUGUUUAUGUCGGAUUUUGAGAUAAGAGAAUGGAUUGCAUGGAAUUUGAGGAUUUAAAUUUGAAUUUUAUGUAUUUGCGACAA